UUAGCGUAAGAUUAAUGCAUUUCAACAUUAGAGUACGGAUUCUAUUUAAACUAAACCGUGAACGUACAUCAGUGCUUUCCUAGAUCGUGGUUUCAGAGCCAUCCUCUAAAUAGGGAGCCAAACGAUUUCGAUAGUAGCUUUGUUAGUUUUCAAUCUGUGCUAAUCAGUAUAGUUGUGUGUAGCAUGAAAAUGGGCACAGCUAGGAUUUUUUAUUUAUUUUGACGAAUAGAAUACUUCUGUAGCUGGCAAUGAAACUAUCAAAAUAUUCGCAGCAAUACAUAUGAAAAUUACUCUUGAAUUAAUAGUAAACAAAGAUGUCGUCUUAUAUGAAUCGUAAAUAUGCUCGGAAUUAUAGAAAACGCAAGUCAGAGGAAAGCUCGCGUCGAAAAGAAUGUAAGAAGCCUAAGUCCGGUACAGAACGAAUGCGAGAGCUACGGCAGCGUCGAAAAGAAAGCGAAUCAUCCAGAUUAUGUCAUGAAAAAUCAACGGUGCGAACUCGAAGUGCGCCUCUCGGUUAAUUUUUUGAAGUUUUUUCCAUUUUAUACGAUGCUGUUGAAUGUGAAAGAAAAUGCAGAAUCUUUGGAUAAUUCGUGUGGCAAAUUGGAAUGUCGUGCGUGCCUUGAAAAUGUUGAGAAAGCAAAUUUAAUAGACAUUUUCCAAUCAUGGUCAACAGAACAGUUUAGUAUGGGAGUCACUCUUGCUGAUGAUCUGUGUAAAUUAACUCAAGUACAGAUAUCCAUCACAGAUCCACAUUCCAACUUUAUAUGUAUGCCAUGUCAUCAAAAAUUAUUAGAUUCAUGUAUAUUUAUUGCAAAAGUUCAAAAGAGUCAACAAAUCUUAAAUGAUAGGUACAAUGCAAUGUCUAACAAAAACAACUGGCCUAAACCUAUAGAAGUACAAAAGAACAUCGACAGUACUGUCUUGGGAGAGAGUACAACAGUAGAAAUCAAACAAGAAGUUAUUUCCGAAGAUGAGGCUACAGACUUUGUUUUGAAUUGUGAUAAUGCUGAUCAAUUGAUGGAAAUUAAAAUUGAGCCUGAAGAGUUUGAGGAACCUGAAAUUGAAUCUGAUGAUGUUGAAAAUAAAACAAAAAAGCCAAAAAAUGAGGAAAAAGCUUUAAAGAAUGAAUUCAAGCAUAAUAGUAUAGAAUUUACAAAUCCAGUAUUGCCAAUGCCUCAGAAUUCAUUGCCUGACAGAAUAUCUGACUUGAUGGAAAUUAAAGUAGAGCCUGAGGAGUCAGUGGAGCCUUUAGAAUCUGAAAUUGAUUGUGAGACUGCAGAGACUCAAAAAAAUCAAUUGAAUGUUGGAGAAGAUUCGAAAAAUGAAUUUAAUUUUGAUAAUACAGAUUCGUUGAACCACAGCCCAGUAAUGAAGGUCUCUCGGGAUUUAUUGCCUAUCAAAAUAACUGUGAACGGUUCAAUACCUGCAGAUCAAUUUGAGAAAAUCCCUGAUAUGAGCAUAGACAGACAUGUACUAAAUGGUGACGAAGUUAGUCCCGAAGUGUGUGUUAAACAUGAACCAGAUAGUGACAAUGACGACACUGAAUUCAUGAAUGAGAUGCCUUUGGAAUGCAUGCUCUGUAUGAAAUUAUUUAGCAGUGUUUCUGAGCUCAAGGGACACGUCGUUGCUCAGCAUUCCUACGUCUCGGUCAAGAGGAGAUCUGACUGUACAACUAGAAUUGCUCGCAACAAUUCAAAAUAUGUCUGUACAUUAUGUAAACGGAGUUUCGUAACGUCAACGGAUCUUAUGGUGCAUGAAACAUGUCACGACAAGUACGCUUGUUACGGAUGUCGGAACAAAUAUGAUACAUUCGAACAGCUAUCAAACCACACCAAGACAUGUACAGCCGUCCAAUCCAAAAAACAGCAACAGCCGAAGACUUUGGAGGAUGUUAAGAGUACUGCAAAACCACCAAAAACCAAAGCAGAGUAUCAAAAAGCGUAUAGGGAACGCGAAAAAGCUAAAAAAAAUGAAAAUAAGCAAGAAAGUAUUGCAAAACCACCAAAAACCAAAGCAGAGUAUCAAAAGGAGUAUAGGGAACGCGAAAAAGCUAAAAAAAAUGAAAAUAAGCAAGAAAGUACUGCAAAACUACCAAAAACCAAAGCAGAGUAUCAAAAGGAGUAUAGGGAACGCCAAAAAGCUAAAAAAAAUGAGAAUAAGCAAGAAAGGACCGCAAAACCACCAAAAACAAAUGCAGAGCAUCAAAAGGCAUUCAGGGAACGUCAAAAAAUGAAAAAAAUUAAAAAUAAACGAGAAAGUAACGCUGCAUUAAAUGCGCCAUCUAAAACUAAAAAAACUCAAUCUGAACACUGUAAAGAGUAUCAGCAGAAAUCUAGAUUGAAAAAGCAGCGUGUUCGACUUGAUGCUUUACUAUUUGAAAAGAGUGAAGUUCCACAAUCAAAAAAAAUCAAGUUGAUUGAUACACAGAAUGUAACAAACAAAAAUUUAUUAUGAGACACAACGAAAUUUUGACUGAUCACAUUGAAUCGUCUAAAGAGCUGUCGCAUGAUACUGAUAAUUUACCAACACAAACGCAGGCAUAUUCUUAAAAAUCAGUCAUAAAUCUUCGGCCGAACGCCAUUUUACAGCGUUUAAUAAACAUUCCUGGAGACGGCAAUUGUUUAUUUUAUUCUCUCAUUGAAGUCCCAAGGCUCAGAAUAACACCAUCAGAACUCAGAAAACAAUUACUGGAAUCUCGAUAUUUUCAUACCUGCCAAAACUCAAAUAAUGCAAGAUUUAUACUUGUUAGUGAGUCCGAAUAUGGAUAUUUAGAUUGUUUAUCGAUAAUUUCGAGAGAAUACAAUCAAAAUAUUUGUGUGCGGUUUUCAUUUCUUCGAUACCAACACACGUCAAGAAAAAGUGUGGUUCUGUUAUUUUAUUGUGAAUGAUACACAAAACUUCAUUCACCUCCAUUUUCGCAAUCAGCAUUUUACUCCGUAUAUUGAAGUACAGGAAAUGAUAAUAAACAACAGUAUUAAUAGUAAAUAACCUAUUACUCAAUAUAUUGAAACACAAGAUACGAUAAUGGACAACAAUAUUAGUAGUCAACACUCUGAUGACUGUAUUUUUGAAGGUCCAUCAAAUUUUGAAAAUAAUAAAGCAGCCGAAGAAAAUUCCGAUGCAAGUGAAAUUGAAUUUGAUGACGAAAACGAUGUGAUUGAGAUGGAAUUUAUAGAAAAUCAUGUCACAAUUCCAGUUUACACAAAUUAUUACCAACACAGCAGUAGUCAUCUAGAUUUUUUCACUGGCUUUAAAAAAAAUACUUUUGGACAUUCUUGUGCUGUCUGUGAUAGGCUUUGAUGGAUGAAAGAUUUAAGUGAGACAUCUAGUAUACACGAAAAUAUUUUACAAAAAAUAUUGCUUUUUUAUCUUUAUUGGUAAUUCAUCUUAUUUUAUUACUAUAUGUUCUUUUUGCUAUUUCAGAAUUAUGUAUGUGGUACAAAUGUUGACAUUUGUUCUACGUGUAAAGCGGCUUUAAGCAAAGAAAAAAUACCUUUAAUGGCGACAUACAACGGUUUUUCAUACCCAAUAAUUCCAUCCGAUCUGCCAACAUUAAAUCUUGUAGAACAACGAUUAAGUUCACCGAGAAUUCCUUUCAUGCAAAUACGUAGACUUAGACAUGUUCAUA